AUGAACCAGCCCGGGCCCGGGGCUCCCCCACCGCCCCGUCGCGUGCGGCUGAAGCCCUGGCUGGUGGCCCAGGUGAACAGCUGCCAGUACCCAGGACUUCAGUGGGUCAACGGGGAUAAGAAAUUCUUCUACAUCCCCUGGCGGCAUGCCACAAGGCAUGGCACCAGCCAGGAAGGAGACAACACCAUCUUCAAGGCCUGGGCCAAGGAGACGGGGAAGUACACGGAAGGGGUGGACGAGGCGGAUCCGGCCAAGUGGAAGGCCAACCUGCGCUGCGCCCUUAACAAGAGCCGCGACUUCCGCCUCAUCUACGACGGGCCCCGGGACAUGCCGCCUCAGCCGUACAAGAUCUACGAGGUCUGCUCCAAUGGCCCCGCUCCCACAGGCACCAACAUGAUGAUGGUGGGUGUGCACAGGCCCAAGACCCCCUGUAAGGAGGUGUAUGUGAAGCAUCUGGGGAAGCGGCUGUACAAUGUCACCUGCAUCAUCAAGGAGAAAGGGGACUACAUCCUCAUCGAGUGGAGUGACAGAAGUGUCCCUGGAAGACCCUUCAAAGUCAAUGUGCUCUGA